AUGAAACAAGAAGAAGGUCGGCGGCAUUCUUCCGCACGCAAUCGUAAGCAUAAUGACGAUUUCAUCGCAUUUUGGCUCACAUCUAAUCAGCAACCUGGAUAUGUGCCGGCAACAAACCAGCCACCAAAGGCUGUACACUUUAGUUCGCGCGAUUCCAUCGCUGAGUCAUCGGAGACCUCCUCAACGGACAGCAGCUUGACAGAAAAACCAAAAUAUCUCAAUGGAGGAUAUGGUUGGAUUGUGGUCGCGUUCAGUUUUAUCCUACAUUUCAUUGCGGACGGUCUUUCUUUCAGUUUUGGUGUAUUAUUUCCCAAAAUUCAAGAGCGUUUUGGUGCAAAGCGUUUCGGUGCCAGUUCUGUAGCGUCGCUAUUCCUGUCUCUUCCCUUACUUUUGGGACCAAUUGCUGGUUUCAUCACUGAUGUAUGUGACUGCAAGUGA